ACUGAAAAAGUGUAAUAAUAAUAAUAAUAAUAGUAAUGAACAAGAAAGGUCUAGCCAUUCUUAUGCGAACCAAAAUGCGACCUCUUUCCCCUUCUUCUCAGAAUAAAUUGAAUCAAAUGCAAGUCUCUCAAAUGGAAGGUGAUAAAGUUUCUUCUCAGGAUGCUUCACUUCUUCCACAAAGAGAGUUCACCCAAGUACGGGAGUCAAUGCACUCAGCCAUGUCGAUGAACAAGACAGAAAUUGUGGAUGUUGCUCUAAAUGACUUUUCACAGGGAUACUUCUUCCUUUCCGCAGAAAAUCGAUAUAAGAUACUUCUUUCACUAGCUAAAGAGUAUGAUCUCAAUCGGACCCAAGUUCAUGAGUUAAUGAAGCAGCAUCUUGAUCUUCAGCUCCCAAGUGCUUUGACAGAUAAGGCUGAAGAGAGUGGUCAUGAAGAGGAAGGGUCAUUAUCAGCUUUCUAUAGGAUUGAGCGGAACUUGACGCAGGCUCUCAAGCCUAAGUAUGAAGUUCUUUUUGAGCGGCUUAAUACACAUCCUGGGGGAUUGAAGUUCCUGUCUGAUAUUCGAACUGAUAUUCUUUGUAUUCUCGAAGAUGUAAAUAUAGCAGCUCUGCGAGCAUUGGAUUCCCACUUAAAGGAGAAGCUGAUUACAUGGCUUAGUCCUGCUAAUUUGGAGCUUCACAAUAUUACAUGGGAUGAUCCUGCGUCUUUGUUGGAAAAAAUUGUUGCUUAUGAGGCUGUGCAUCCAAUAAGCAAUCUUAUAGAUCUAAAAAGAAGGCUAGGAAUAGGUCGCCGCUGCUUUGGGUACUUCCAUCCAGCAAUACCUGGUGAACCACUUAUUUUUAUUGAGGUUGCACUUAUGAAGAAUGUGGCAGCGACCAUACAGGAGGUCUUAUGGGACCAUCCUCCAAUUUCUGAACAUGAGGCUUCUUGUGCAAUUUUUUACUCUAUUUCAUCAACUCAGCCUGGCUUAUCAGGAGUUAACCUGGGGAAGUUUCUAAUCAAACGCGUGGUUGAUGUGGUAAAAAAAGAUAUGCCCAAUAUCUGUGUAUUCGCUACUCUUAGUCCUAUCCCUGGUUAUAGGAAAUGGCUGUUAUCAAAGUUGGCUUCAUCAGAGACAUCUGGUUCUGCCUUCAAAGAAAAUUUGCUUAGACCGGAAGAAGAAAAAGCACUUAUGGAUGUAUCAGGAGGUUCUGACCUGGGAAGCAGUGGUGUUGAAGUAAUGUGGAAAUUAUUGACAUCAAAGAACCAUGAGUGGACCAAUUCACCCAAACUGGUGUCUGCCUUGAGAACCCCGAUGAUGCGACUUUGUGCCAGGUACCUUAUGCAAGAAAAAAGGAGAGGAAAAGCUCUAGAUUCGGUUGCAAAUUUCCACUUACAAAAUGGAGCGUUACAGGCUGUGAUCAGAAUUGAGAGAAUAGCUUCUUGUAUUCCAAGAGGUAAGCAAUAUAAAAUACAGGUACAUAAAGUUUUAACUAAGGAAAGAAAUAAAAGGGAUUCCAGAAGCACUUCAGAGUUGGGAGGAAGCAGGCUUGCUGGCUAAGAACAGAGGUAGAUGGAGGAUUGUCCCUGCUUGCAUAUGGUGGACAAUUUGGAAAGAGAGGAAUUCUAGAUGUUUUGAGAAUGUGGAGAAUAGUAUGCAGAGGGUCAAAUUGAAUUGUUUGUUGAUCCUAUGUUUUUGGUGCAAUCAGAUAUACUCAAAUGACACUGUCUCUAUCAUUGAUGUUUUAGACUCAAUAUAGAACAUGACAGUAGAUUUUUGGAGGACUCUUAUAAAUAGGGUUUCAGUACAACCUAUGUACUGUUUUGCUCAUUAUGGAAUAUAGAUACAGUUACCAAUUUCAAAAAAAUAAAAUAAAAGGGAUUCCUACAAAUCUCUAUUUAUAAAUGUGUUAUGUACAUUCCUAGGAAAUAUCUACAUUCAUUCGGUAACACUCCCCCUCAAGCUGGAGCAUCUAUAUUGCUCAUGCCCAGCUUGCCACAAAGGUAAUCAACUCGAAUGCCAUUUAGUGCUUUCGUGAACAAAUCAACUAGUUUCUCUCCUAUCUUCAAGUAGCUAGUGGAAUUCAAAUUAUCCUGAAUCUUCUCACGAAUAAAAUGACAGUCAACUAUGUUUGGUUCUUUCAUGAUACACUGGAUUUCAAGCAAUAUGGAACGCAACUUGAUUAUCACACCAGAGUUUUGAUGGAGUAGGAUAUUUCACGCCAAUUUCAGUUAAAAGAUGACGUAUCCACAUAAUCUCACACGUAGACUGCGACAUAGCUCUGUACUCGGAUUCGGCAUUGGAUCGAGAUACAACACUAUGCUUCUUACUCCUCCAUGAUACUAGAUUCCCACCAACAAAGACACAAUGCCUGUAGUAGAUCUUCUAUCAAUUUUGGAUCCAGCAGUCAACAUCUACAAAACAUUCCACACGAGAAUGGCCGUGAUUGCGAUACAAUAUGCCAAGUCCAGAAGCUCCUUUCAAGUUACAUAGAAUCUGUUCCAAAGCUUCCCAAUGUUUGACUGUAGGUGCGAACAUAAACUGGCUAACAACACUUACCGCAGAAGAAAUAUCUGGACGAGUCAUAGUAAGGUAGUUUAACUUCCCAACUAACCUUCUAUACCUCUCUGGAUCAUCAAAAGAAUCGCCAUCGUCUUUCAUAAGAUGCACACCGGGACAUUGGAGUACUACAAGUUUUGGCUGCUAAUUUUCAAUGCCUGCAAGCAAGUCAAGUAUAUACUUUCUCUGGGACAGAAAAAUACCCUUCUUGCUUCUAUUUACUUCUACUAUCAAAAAGUAUUUCAACAGGCCCAAGUCCUUCGUAUGAAACUUAGUAUGCAGAAAAGACUUAAGGGAAGAGAUCCCCGGAUAAUCACUUCUUGUAAUGACAGUGUCAUCAAAAUAUACAACAAGGAGGAUUUUGCCAGCUAUUCAUUGUUGAUAGAAGACCGAGUGUUCGCAUUUGCUCAUUUUCAGCCCAAAAUCCUGAACUACCUCACUGAACUUGCCAAACCAAACCCGUGGACUCUGCUUCAAGCCAUACAAGGACUUCUUCAAAUGACAGACUUUCCCAUACUUCCCCUGAGCAACAAAACCAGGUGGUUGCUCCAUAUAUACUUCCUCCUGAAGAUCACCAUGAAGGAACACAUUCUUGAUAUCUAACUGAUGUAAAGGACGAUUCUCGGAAGCCGCUAGAGAAAUGAACAAGAAAACAAAGGUGAGUUUGGCAACCGGGGAAAAGGUGUCUGAAUAAUCUACCCCAUAAGUCUGAGCAUACCCUUUAGCCACAAGUUUGACCUUAAGUCUUGCUAUCGAACCAUCUGGAUUAACUUUAACUGUGAAGACCCACUUACAUCCCACUAGUUUCUUUCCCUUGGGCAAAUCCACCAAAUCACACGUGUGGUUUUCCUAUGAGGCAUGUAAUUCAUCAAGCAUUGCAUCAGACCAUCCAGGAUGAUUCAAAGCCUCCUUUACUGUUUUGGGUACAGAGACGGAGUCUAGAGAAACAAUCAAAGAUCUAGACGUAGAGGACAUGCGGUCAUAGGAAACAAAAUUAGCAAUGGAAUAUGUGGACUUGCAAGUAUGUGUACCUUUGCGAAGAGCAAUAGGGAGGUCAAGAUUUUCUGGAGGAUCAGGUGGAGGAGUAUUCGAUGACAACGGAACUGGUGCGUGACAUGUAUCAUUGGCCUCUUUCCUCCUUGAGUAAACCUGAACAAUCGGCGGUCUUGCUAGCGUAGAUGGAGUGGGUGUUGAAGGUACAAUAGUCGGUUGGUGCUCAAUAGAAGAACUAGGAGAUAGAGAAACAAUAUCAUCUGAUUGUUCUGUCAAAGCACGAGUAACCUGAUAGACUAACCACUCAUCUUUCUCCCCCUUGGCUCGUAGAAAUGGGAGGUGCAUAGAAUAAUGGUGUAGUCUCGAAAAAUACCAUAUCAGUUGACACUAGAUAUUUGCCAGGUUCAAUAGAAUAACAUCGAUAGCCCUUCUAAAGGCGAGAAUAACGCAGAAAAACACACUUCAAUGCCUUGGGAUCCAACUUUGUAACAGAUGGUCGAACAUCUCGAACAUAACAUGCGCUUCCAAACACCUUAGGUUCCAUUGGAAAUAGUGACUUAUUUGGGAAAAGAACACUAUAAGGCACAUUACCGACAAACACAGAAGAUAGCAUGCGAUUAAUCAGAAAACAAGCUGUAGAGACUGCAUCUGCCCAAAACUGUUUUGGAACCUUCAUUUGGAACAAAAGUGCCCGAGCUGUCUCAAGUAGAUGUCUAUUCUUCCUCUCAGCAACUCCAUUUUGAGAAGGUGUAUCAACACAUGAAGACUGAUGAAGAAUACUGUGUUGUCUCAUGUACGAUCCAAACAAUUCUGACCUGUAUUCUUUAUCACUCCUUAGAGUACGUACUAAAGUAUUUAAUUGAGUUCUAAUUUCAGCACAGAAAGCAGAAAAGUGAAUAAGCACUUCAGAAUGACUCUUCAUAAAAUAAAUCCAAGUCAUUCGAGAGAAAUCAUCCAUAAAAGUGGCAAAGUACUUAUGUCCAGUUUUGGAAACAAUAGAACAUGGUCCCCAAACAUCAGAAUUAACUAACUCAAAAGCUGACUCAGCCUGCUUAUUAACCCAUGGACCUACUGAGCUACGAUGGUGUUUUGCAAAUCGAUAUGACUCACAUUCCAAAGAAAGAAUAUUCCAAAACUGAGGAUAGAGCUUCUUCAAUAGAGGUAGAGAGGGAUGUCUCAAUCGACAAUGUGCUUCAAAGGAGACACGAAACCGGAGCAGGCAACAGACCGAGACUCCCAUGUAUCAAGCAUGUAUAAACCAUCAGAUACAUGUCCUUUCCUAAUAACUUCAUUCGUUGCAACAUUACGAAACACACGAUAAUCGGGAAAUAGAUACAUAACAAUUGAGAUCUCUAGUAAGUUUACUCACAAAAAUCAAAUUAAAGGCCAACUUCGGUAGACUUAAUAUAGAUGACAAGGUAAUACGAGAGUUUAGUUUACUAGUUCCUAUCCAACAAUAUUACAGGUUGACCCAUCAACUACAGUAACAGCAGAGUGUACUUUAUAUGAUUGAAAGUUGGAAAGAUAUUAGGAUUACCUGUCAUGUGAUCUGUGGCACUUGAAUCAAUUAUCCAUUUGCUUGUAGAGGAGAUAAAACAUGCUUUACCCGACUCAACAAGUGUACUAACCGGAUUGGGUGCUUUCAGUGAUUUCUGAUACUGAAUAUAUUUUGCAAACUCAUCUGCUGAAAUAAUAAUUGUUCUGUUUUCUCCUUCCUUAUUGUUUAUAGUCAUUUUUCCAACUAUUUAGAUGGCACACAAACUUGCCACGAGCACAAAUAACCAGAGACAAGCACACCACAGAAAUAGACUAACAAGUCUCUAAAUUGGUUUAGAAACCAAAGAGGCAAAUUGGAAGUCAACCUUGUAAACACGAGCAAGAAUUACCAGAACCAGUAGCUAUACCUACAACGCAAUAACCAAAGCAGAAGCCAACAACCACGGAAACAUAAACCAAAUACCAGAUUCCCUUCCGCAGAAGCUACGGCGAAAAGACAAACCUGGGAUACACCGGAAUUGACGAGAAGACACUGGAAAUCCAAGCCUUGAACGAUUCUGCCGGAGAACGCGCCUCCACGCGCCGGCGUGUGACGGCGUUCACUCACCCCACAAACUGUCGCCGGCAAAGAGUGGUCUGGCCGGAAUGAUGUUCCCCCUCCUCCUGAGGUGGUGGUGACACGUAAUUACCACUUCAAAGUGAUCGAUUCGAAAUUGGAACCUCUUUCUCAAAAUAGAAACAAGAUCAAACUUUCUGUUAUUAUUUUUUUUUCUUGAAAGAAAACCAAAACAAGAUCACGAGCCUAUAGGCUAUGAUACCAUGUGAUCAUAAUUGAGAGAAUAACUUGUAUUAUUCCAAGAGGUAAUCAAUAUAAAUACUGGUACAUAAGGUUCUAACUAAGGAAAGAAAUAAAAGGGAUUCCUACAAAUCUGCUAUUUAUAAAUGUAUUGUACAUUCCUAGGAAAUAGUCUACAUUCAUUCUGUAACAUAGGCAAAAAUUGUUAUAGAGAGGUAAAAUUAACAUAAAAAAUCGGUUCGAAAGAAAAUUUGGUUAUUAUCGUGCAAUGCUGUUAUUGUGAGUAGCUGUUAAAGAGAGGUAUGACCGUAUAACAGUUGCUGAUGACCAGGUGUGUUCACAAGUUAGUAUCAGGAAUUAGCUAGUGAACGAAGGUACUCCAAAUUUGUGGCAAACUGAACUUUACUUCCAUUCAAAUGCUUUGUUAAGAUUAAGAUUUGAUAACUUGUUCAUCUGUAUAAGCUUGUGUAAAGAUUUUAGCUUAAAAUAUUUUCUACUUUACUUUUACUUUUCCUAGUUAUUAUUCGAUAAUUAUCCUGGUCUUUUAAAGUGGGUGUUACUAUAAUCCAUGAGGGUGAGCAUUUUUUUCCCUGUUUGCACAUGGAAUGAGAAACGAACAGCAAGCCGCUCUGCAUUUAUUGUAAGUAUUCCCCCUUUUAUAAUUUAAAAUAUCAA